AUGAGACUUGGAGGAGGUGGACAUCAACCCCAAGAAAAACAGAUUAAAGAUUAUUACCGUAUAAAUAUUUAUUUUUCAGUAUUGGAUAUUAUUAUGAAAGAAAUCAAAGAUCGGUUUCAGGAAAAUCAACUAGAGAUAUUGGAUGGGCUGAUGAAUGUAUUUACUAAUGAAAAUCCUGAUGAAAAGUUAUUGGACAUUGUUUGUAAGACCUAUAAGUUUGACAUUCAUGAACUUCAAGUAGAACUCAAAAUUUUUAAUAGAAUGUUCAAAUCUAAACAAAUCAACUCGAAUAAUAGUGUAUUUCAAAACAAAUUAGAUUAUAUGAAACAAGGUGAAAUUAAAGAUGGGUUUCCUUUAUUAUCUGAAAUCUUAAAACUAUUUUUGACAAUACCCACAAAUACUGCGUCAUGUGAGCGAAGUUUUUCCUGUUCACGAAGGCUUAAAACAUACCUUAGAACAACUAUGGGACAAGAAAGGUUGUCUAAUAUAGCUAUGUUGCAAAUAGAAAGAAAUGAGUUAUAG